UGCAACAGCAUAAGUAGAAGUGAAAGUAACUUAUACUAUCUGAUUUACAGCUGCAGAGCAAACAAGACAGAGACACUCCCAGAAAAUCUUACAGAUCAUUGAUCAUCAAUAACAGGUUGGAAUAAACCUAACAAUGGACAAGUCUCCUACUUCUCCCAUUGGGGGAAUCUUUCGCAGGUUUUCCAGUAUCAGAAAAAGCGCUGUGCACAUUAAAAGAAAGCUUAGCAUGUCUAAGCAACCAUCGUCUUUGGAUGAAAAUGAAAAUGAAAAUAAAGACAUUAAGGACACAGAAAUUCCCCCUAAGCCUUGCUCAGUUCUGACGAUCAGAGAUUAUAUAGAAACUGAUGAAUUGAGGCAGGCUUAUCUAAACCUACUGUCCCUGAACCUUGAGCUUCAGCAGGAGCGAGAAACUUUGGAAGAAGGAGCUUCUACCGUCAAUCGAACCAAUAAAGAGACUGACCUUAAUAUGCUACUUGAGGGCCUAAGGAAUAAAAUGUUUGACAUUGUGCGCUGUAGCACACAGCCUUCAGUUAAUAAAGAGCUACUAGUGCAAGUGGUCACAAUAAUCCUUGAAGAAGAGAAGAAACCAGGAAUAAUGCAGGGAUGGAGGGAGACAUGGAGAGAGGCAGUGCGAGAUGGAGUUAGAGACACUUUGAAGAAAGUUCAUCUGGACAGCCCUGAACAAAACAUUUCUUGGUUGGCUGUGCAUUUGGGUCUUCUGGGUAAAGCGGUUAAAGAUGAUUUGGAGAAAGUGAAGGAAGAACUUUUAAACUUGUAUCCACCAGACUUUAAUGUGUUUGAAACCUAUGUUUCCUGCCAUCACGAGAUUAUGGAAGAGCAUUUAAAGGGUCUUCUGGAGCAGGUGACAGAGUCAAAAGAUUACCACGCUCUUCUAGAUUUUAUUGUUCAUCACUACGCCAGUGACCCGAAAAAGGAGCAGAAAGCUAUCGAACAAGAGCAAGACUUCAUCAGUAAAAUCAAGGACGCUUAUUGUCAACGGCUGGUGGAGGACUUUAAAGUUGCACUGGAGAAUAUCAUCAACAUUGAAAGAGACAAUAUGUGGAAAAUGAAGAAAACUCCAGAAAGAACAGAUGAUGGAUUCCUUACUACAGAGGUUCACAUGGACAUUUGUCAGCUGAUAGCAGCUUAUGCCAAGAAUCUUAAAGAUAUUGAUGAGACUCGUGAGGAGAAGAUUGUACAGUUUUGUUUGGAGGAGCUACAUCAGUUUCUAACAAGAUUUGCAGAAGAGUUCACGGAGCAUACCAGCUUUUUGCUGACCUCUGAUCUGCUGGACGUGUUUCUGUGGGUUCAAUAUCACAUCACCUACAUCAACACUUUUCACUCACUCAAAGAUCUCAUGCAAUGCUAUAAGGAGAGCUGUUUAGCUCAGGUGGAGCAGCUGGAGAAAGAUGUGGAUGGAUUGAUUCAAAGACUCAGUCAGAUACUGAUAGAUCAUUUCAAAAAUGACAUUAAGCCUUAUUUAAAUGGUAUGAUGACAAGGAAAUGGCUCAAAACAGAUGAAGAUUUUACUGAAGUGACAUCCACGAUUGAAAAUUACUCUGGACUCUGUAAAUCCAUGAGAAAUCCAGCAGCUCAGGUCUUCAUAAACGAUGUGCACUAUUACGUGACAAGAGAAUAUGUCUCCCAGCUGAUGAAGAAAAAGUAUUCAUGCAAAAACAACAAAAAUGAAGAAGCAGCCUGUAAACUAAGAACACAAUGGAAGGAGCUCAGAAAGCUAUUUAAAGAAAUGGGAUCGUCCUUAGACUGGCUGUAUCCACUGGGGGAUUACCUUAGUGAUAUUAUUGGAAUGGAAAAUGAGAAAAGUAUAAAAGAUCUUUUAAAUCCAUUAGUUAGUAAUUACCCAGACAUAAGCAAGAAGCAAAUGUCAGCAGUACUUUACUUUAGAGACAAUGGUCUCAGCUUGGAGCGGCACCAGGUUAUGAAUCAGUUUAAUCUGAUUAAACGGGACAUUGGGAACAUCCUUCCUGAGCGCAACUUCUUUACCAAUAUAGAGUGAGAUUUCUUAUGUCAGUACUGCUUCUUUAUGAACCACCACACCAAGGAAUAACAAAUGCACUUUGGAUUUUUUUUUUAUAAAGCUGUUCAGGAAUCUUCAAUAGUACAUUAAACUUGGAAAACACUGCCAGCAUGAAAUGAUUUGGUGUAUGCUUGAACCUAUUGUUGCCACCAGAGGGAGACAGCAAACUAUAGAUGUAGCAUUUGCAUUUCCUCCAUAUUGUCCAAUCAUGCGAAAGGAGAAGUGAUGGAUUAUUUUUGUUUAUCUGCUGUGAUAACAAUCAUGUAAAUAUACUGUGUAAAACUCAAUAUUGUACAACAUGUUAUGUAUUAUACUAGCAGGUUUAUGCUAGAUGGAACCAAGCCAUAAUUAUUCACAUGUAGCCUUUCCCUCAUGUACAUUUUAAAUCCUAAUAUACUCCCUGAUAACAUCCAUCAAACAGGAUAAACUGCAACAUGCAUUCAUGUUUGUAUGUACGGGGGUGCUUUCUUUAAAUUGUUACUUGGGUGCUCAUAUUUGUGUUUUUUAUAUUUAAAUAUUAAAAGAAAUUACCAUAUUUGUUUACAUUUAAUCUUAUAUAAUAUAUAUAUAAUAAAAAUAUAUUUUAUUUUCA